AUGGUUCGACACAAAAAAGAUAACUUUGGUAAACGAGGAAAAGGCAACUACCCAUCACAACCCCGCCAACAAAGAUUCGCACGGAGCUUCCCUGCCGAUGACGAUGGGGACGCGUCCAACAUAUUCCCUUUUAAAGCUGCAUGUUGGGAUCUAGGCCAUUGUGACCCCAAGCGAUGUUCUGGAAAAAAACUGAUGCAGCAUGGUGCCAUGCGUGAGCUCCAGAUUGGACAGAAAUUUGCCGGGGUUGUGAUUUCACCGAAUGCGAAGCGCACGAUCUCCCCAGCCGAUAACGAGUUGCUAGAGCAAUAUGGAGCUGCGGUGGUAGAGUGUUCGUGGGUGAGGACUCAGGAAGUCCCCUGGUCGAAAAUUGGUGGAAAGUGUGAGAGGUUAUUACCUUACCUCGUCGCCGCCAACUCAGUGAACUACGGACGCCCCUGGCGACUAAACUGCGCGGAGGCACUAGCAGCCGCCUUCUAUAUCUGUGGACAUGAGGAUUGGGCUUCUGAAGUUCUAAAGAAGUUUCCGUAUGGCAGGGCGUUUUUGGAAAUCAAUUCACAACUUUUGAAACGAUAUGCUGCUUGUAAGACAGAGGCGGAUGUGAAGAAUACGCAGGAGCAUUGGCUUGAGAAGAUCGAGAGGGAGUAUUCUGAGAGUCGGGUGGAGAAGGGCGCUGAUGAUAUGUGGACGGUUGGGAAUACGAAUAGGCGGGAUAUAUCUGAUUCAGAGGAUGAGGACGCAGAAGAUGAAGAAGGCGAAGUUUCUCGAGGAGAGGAGGAGGAUUCAGGGAGAGACCCAUAUGCGCUCUCUGAUGAAUCAGACGAUGAGGAGAUGGCGGAGUUGCGGCGGAGGGUUCUGAAUUCGAGGCCAUUUACGAAUGUUACAGAACUUGAGGCAACAUCCAAGUCGCAGUUCGAAAAAAUCAAGAGGCCAGAAACGUCAAGGAGUGGCGUCGCGGGGACGGUUUUCGGAUCCCAACAAACGAACAUUCUUGCUGAUGACAACAAUGGCGAAGAUAGUGAAGAUAAUGGUGAAGACGAGGCGUUCGAUAAGAUCAUCAAUGCCACCAUCACUACGGACCGGACAGGAAUUGCGAAGCCGCGGAGAUAG